GGUUUUAUCCCCGCGGAAGCCAUCAGUGCUCAGCAAUUUUCUGAAAUAAUGACCACGUUUUCACUUAUUUACGUCUUUAUUGGAAUCGCAGUUUUCGUCGCAUCCGUAUUCCAGAUUGCGUUUUGGGUGAAAUCAUGUGAAAGGCAGAUGUAUCGACUGCGGCAAGAGUUUUUCUACCAAGUGAUGCGAAUGGAAAUCGCCUGGUUUGAUUUCAAGCAAAGUGGUGCAUUGACCAUGAAGCUGAACGAUGACCUUGAGCGGGUUCGAGAAGGAAUGGGAGACAAAUUCAGCAUGUGCAUUGAAAGUUUUGCAGCGUUUUUCUCGGGAUUAGUUGUUGGCUUCUACACCAGCUGGCAACUCACUCUUGUCAUCUUGUCCUGUACACCGUUUCUCGCUGGCACAUCCGCGUUUUUCGGAAAGUUGGUCGCAAAUUCUACAAUGAGAGAGCAAGAAAAAUAUGGCACUGCGGGAAGCGUGGCUGAGGAAGUGCUGUCUUGUAUACGUACUGUGACUGCAUUUGGCGGACAGGAAAAAGCUGUUGAACGGUAUAACAAGCAUUUGGAAGCGGGACGUUUGACAUCCAGAAGGAAAUACACGUCAAUGUCAAUCGCAUUCCUCUUCAUCAUGUUUGUGAUUUAUGGAUCGUAUGCCCUUGCAUUUUGGUUCGGUGCUGAGUUCGUUCUCUGGGGCUACAUGGAUGCGGGCGACGUUUUCACUGUGUUUUUCAGCGUCAUGAUGGGCUCUACUCAAUUGGGAAAUGCUCUGCCAUUUGUCACUGUCGUGGCCACAGCUCAGGGUGCUGCGUCGAGCAUCUUUGAGGUGAUCGACUCAAAACCCAAAAUCGACGCGUACUCCAACGAUGGAAUGCGACUGCAGAAGCCUCAGGGCAGGGUCUGCUUUGACCACGUGUCAUUCAGCUACCCCAGUCGUCCAGAAAUUCCUGUGCUGAAUGAUGUCACCUUCACUCUUGAGCAAGGCGAGACUGUGGCGGUCGUCGGCAGCAGCGGUUGUGGAAAGUCGACCUUGGUCACAGUAGACGGAGUGGACAUUCGGAACCUGAACCUUGCCUGGCUGCGGAACCAGAUCGGCGUGGUGUCACAAGAACCCGUAUUGUUCGAUUGCUCUAUCGCGGAAAACAUAGAGUUCGGUUGCGAGGACGCGACCAUGCACAACAUCAUCAGGGCUGCUGAGGCUGCCAAUGCGCACAAAUUCAUCAUCAACCUGCCCAAAGGAUAUUCGACGAAUGUGGGAGAAAGAGGCGCUCAAAUUUCAGGAGGACAGAAACAGAGGAUAGCAAUUGCCAGAGCCCUGGUAAAAGACCCCAAAAUACUCAUUCUCGAUGAGGCCACUUCAGCACUGGACUCUGAAAGUGAAGGAAUUGUACAAGAAGCUUUGGACAAGGCUAGCAAAGGCAGGACAACCUUGGUGAUUGCUCAUCGCUUGUCCACCAUUCGAAAUGCGGACAAGAUCGUCGCCCUGGAAAAUGGCCAGCUCAAGGAAAUUGGCACACACGAGACCCUCAUGAAAAAGAAGGGAGUCUACUUCAACCUCGUCACGACUCAAACCUUCCUGGAAGAUGAAGAUAAAACCUAUGUGUCCGAACACAAUUCGGAGACUGACAGCACGUUUCUCACUGAUGGCUCCACUACUUAUGGUGUUGGUCGGACAAAGAAAUUCCUUCAUCGCCGCGGAAAUCAUUCGGAUGACACAUUUCAUUCCACCAGCUUCGAGUGGCAACGCUUGGAAAAUGAUAUCUCACAG